AUGAUCCGCUAUGUCGCGUUUCAGCCCAGUGCUGUGCCUCCCCCGGUGGUUGCCUUCCUGGCGCCGGCCUGGGCGGAAUCCUCGAAGCCACAAGCCAAAGACAGGCGCGAGCACGGCGACCAGGGCGAGGAGGGCGAGCACGAGCCUCGCCUUCCGCUCGCCAACUCGGAGCAGAGGCCACGGCCGACAGAGGUUGAGACGGAGGAUCAGUCGGCGUCACCUUCACGGCAAGCCACAGAGGUCUCGGAACCUAGCCAGGCAUCCCCGCCUUCAGCGGAAAGGCCUCGGCUCGGCUUCUCGGAGUUCUGGCAGCCGGCCAUGCGGCAGUUCCACGAGACCUACCUCCGAAACCGCUUUGCUGCCAUCCUUCGAGCGCUGCUGCCUCUGGACGUGGGACAUUGGCGUCAGCUGCUGGACUUCGGCGCAGGCUUCCGGAGCUUCGUCUUCGAUUCCAGCUGCACCGACCCGAUUCCACGCACCCUCCCGUGGGAGCUCUUGCAGUAUGUCUGGCUCGUCAUCUUCAUGGCUUGCAGCCCGCCAUUCGACGUCGGCAAAGCUGAGUCCAUGCCUGGACAGCUUCUCGGCAGCAUCCCGCCGGUGUUGCACGCAGGCUUCUCGAAGGGAUUGAAUGUCAGUGUGGCUCUCCCGGAUGCUGCACAUCAGCCUUGGUGUCCUCCGGUCUUGCAAGGCGUGCGGGAGAUCGAAACCACACAGGCCUUCUUGGCCGAGCUUUAUCCCGGCGAGGGGCGCCUGCUCGAAGACGCAGCUUUGGCCCGUGUACGGUGCUUUCUAAAAUUUUCGAGCCGCACCUGUGCAGCCAUGGCUCCGUGGAAGCUGAACCCCGGGUUGAUCUUCUGCUUGCUGCUCAGGGCACAAGCAUAUCCCUUCAACCUGCCGUGCGACUUCAAUUGCUUAGGCGGCUACACGCCCGGCACCGGGUUCGGGCACAUGGGCAUCUGGAGCAUCGGAUUGGAGACAGACAAAUGCGGUCUCAGUGUAGGCUCGACGAACACUUACCAGCCUGGUUUAAAGUACUCCUUGGACUACACCUUCGCGACAAGCAUGGGCCACAUCAUCGCAUGCAAUGGUGGCGCGUUCGGCUUCUUCGGGGAUAGUGGGCUAGUUGCGGAUUCCGGGAUGCGGUGUGUCUCCUACGACUUUGACACAAGCAACAUGGUCCCCGGCGACUCUUGUGAGGUCCGUUGCCUUUAUGGCUGGAUAAGCAACCCCGUGAACUACACGUGCGGCCUGGAUGGCACCUUCGCGCCCGCCGAUGGCCAGAACAACAUCACGUGCCAAGUGACGAUGUGCGAUUGGCAGUCCCUGGCAGCCAAUUUGCUUGAGAAUUUCAGCGCUUAUUUGGACGGCGAGGGCUGCGAUGCUGCACAAGUCCCGCAUGGACGGAGAUGUGUCGCCAAAUGCUUACCUACAUAUGGGGGUGGCAGACCGCCGUCUGUCACAUGUUCCAACCGCAAGCCGUGGCACAGUGAUUUCGCCUUUCAGCGCCUAGGGUGCGAGCCCAAGACCUGCCCUCUACCGACUGAUCUCAUGGCUCCUGGUGUCGACUUCCAAGAUUGCAUCGGGGUAGCGUACAACGCAAAUUGCACUUUGCGGUGCCCCCCGGGAUACGAGCUCAUUGGGCAAGCAGAGUCCGGGCUGAUCGGCAUGCUUGACCAGCGCUGCCAGGCAAGGAACUGCUCUGCUCUUUCUCUUGGGUAUUCUCUGGCCGGCACGCAAGUGCUGUCCCGCUACGCGGGGAGAGGGUAUUCACACUUUUCCUGCGAACGUCAACGGAGUAUCGGCGAAGUCUGCACUGUGACUUGCGCCCAGGGCUACGAGAUGACAGGCAGCCCCGUGGUGCUGACAUGCGGCGUGAUGUCCCAAACCAAUGACACCAUAACCGGAUACUGGGACAUGAAGAACGGAGUUCCCGCCGAGAACUCGACCACGUUGGAGUGCAUCCCCAAGAUUUGCCCGACACUCAACCUGCGGCGUGGUGUUCAGCACAAUUGCUCCAGUUUGACGACAUGGGAGAGGUGCACCGUGAGCGCGGAGGCCGGCUUCGAGAUGCAGAGUUACGAAUUGUGGUGCGACCCCUCCGGCAUGCUCAAUGGACCAGAUCGACAGGCGUGGGCGAAGCCAUGCGAGGACCCGAUCAUCGAUCCCAAUGUCAUGGGCACCAACUGCGAGGGCUACGUGGCAGCUCACAUGAUCUUCCGCUGCGAUUUGACAGAGGACGGCAACGUCAGCCUCCAGGAUGUUCGCCAAUUCGCAGCAGCCUGCGACCAGUCUUCCGCCAUCAGUUUUGACGUGCGUUGCCGACUGCAGCGACGGCUACUGUACACCUUGACUGGCGAUUUGGCUUUUCUCACAUGCAGCAGUGGCGCGCUCAGUGGCAGCCUCCCGUCGUGUGAACCACUUCCGUUCAAGUACAACGAGCCUAGCGCCGUCGGCAUCGAGCACAACUGCAGCAAUCUGACGACUGGAAGUACCUGCGAAGCUGGGUGCACAGCGGUGGGCUUCGAGUAUGCAUCGGAAGCCAAGGCCGAAGUCUUCAGGUGUGAAGCCACCGGUGAGUUCAACGGAACCUUGCCCUCUUGCCAGCGAAAGUCUUGCACUGACCUGACUUUGGAGUCGAAGUUUGUGCACAACUGCCUCAAUAUGACCUUUGAGCAGAACUGUGCUGUCAGCUGCGGAAGGGGCUGGACGAUGCUUGGCGCGGUCUCCGUGUUCGAAUGCGGUGCAGAUGGCGCCAUUACCGGCGAGCUUCCUCAGUGCGUGGGACAGCCAUGCGAUGCCAUACCUUCGGUUGGCUCUCUUAAUAGCGAGGCUUGCAACAACCUCACGACGGGCAUGCAGUGCAACGUGACCUGCAAGCCUGGCUAUGGACCCAACUCCACUCGGAUGACAUGCGAUGAAAGCAGUUUCUUCGUUGACACCUUUCCACUCUGUGAGCCGGCGCAAUGCCCACAGAACCCUCAGCUGCAGGACCCUUCGCUGGCACACGACUGCGAGGGGGUCACCUUCGAUCAGCGCUGCAGCGUUUUGUGCGCGGCAGGCUAUGUGCUCAACGGUGAUGGGGGCGAGGAACCCUCCCCGAUUGCAGACCUCUUGCGUGCCGAAACAUCAGCUCAACGGCCGGGCUUUCUUCCAAUGGGCGGGUCGUCGGCCAUGCACUUCUCCUGUGACUUGCAGGGCAAUGUCAACACCUUUGGCUCACUCGAGUGUGAACGGAUCAAGUGCGAUACCAACAUCACCAUGCCUCACGUCGAGCAUACCUGUGCCAGUGCUGAUGUGCUCUCCGACGGUUCCUGCUUCGCCUUCUGCAGUGAGGGCUACGAAAUGCAGUCGAAGGCUUCAGAGCAGUGGACAUGCACUCAUCCGGAGAAUGGCCUUAGCGCAGUCGGCAACGUAGCUGUGGUGGAUGGCUACACCUUGCGAGGUGUCGUGCCUGUCUGCAUGCCUGUUACAUGCAUCUACAAGAUGCCGGAUGGUCUUGAGUAUGAGCACAACUGCGAGAACGUCAGGACAGACGCCACGUGCAACGUGACUUGUGCCGAGGGCUUCGAGGGAAAAGAGGUACAAACCUGGACGUGUCUUCCGGACCGCUCCUUCAGCGGAAGCUUUCCGAGCUGUUUGGAGAUCACAAGCACUGCUACCACUACCCGCGCCGCCCUCACGGCCACGGUCACAGCUACCAGUACCUCCUCGACCACGUACACCGCCACGACAACCACCUUCUGGAAUGGCACCGUCUUGAUAAGCGGCUACUUCGAAAUCAUGCCGAUGCGUGAAGAACGCAGGCGUUUGCGCGAGAAUGCCUCAAGUCUGCAUAGCGAGUUCGUCAAUGCUUCCGAAGUUGAAGAAGGAAUCGUUCUGGCUGUGGCUUCCAUCUUGAACGUCAGCAGUGGUGCCGUUGACAUCAACCUGACCUACGCAACUGACGCCGAGACCAUGGAUGAAGUGGUGAGAGUCUACUAUGCUGCUUCCCGUGCGUUCCCGACCCCGGAGGAGGCAGACGACUUCACAAACUUUGUGCAAGUAAAGUUGGCUUCCGUCACGUCGCAGGAGGUGCAAGAUGUCAUGAACACGAUGCUGGCAAGCACUGGUGCGGUGCUCCGCAUCGGCGAGCUACGGUCGAUGACUUUGUCCGUGAGCCGUGCGGAAGAGAUUCCCACCAAGCUUGACAUCCGUAAGGCCCCGGAGCCAGAGGACCUCUCCACAGGCGGUUCCAGCAUCAUGUGGUACGUCGGCUUGAUUGCCUGCAUCUUCGUCAUCAUGGGCUUGUCUGUCUUUCUGUGGUACCUCAUCUACAAGAAUCGCCAGGAGGAGCAGAACAAGGCCGUGCACGACCCCGCGAAGAUUGACAGCAGCGAGACUAAGGUGGUCAUCGACGCAGCUGCCGACCCAGCCAGCAGGUUUGAGCUGGAUCUAGAUGCAGCCGGAAACUCCGACGCAGAUGCCAUCGAUGUACACUCCUACGACGGAGUCAGGCGAACCGGAUCCAUGCGAAGACCUCCAACCUUCCCUGGCCGCGAUGAUCUUGCAGUGCUCCUGCUCCGCUUCAUGGCGGCAGAGUUUCGAUCCAUUCCGUCUUGUUUGCUUGGGUCUUUUCGGAGCCGUACUUCCCGGCAGCAGCGCCAGCACUCACACGAUCAGUGUCAAGAUCUUGCUAGCCAUCCUAUGUCCUACCGUAUCAGUCCGUGGUGGUGCGAUCCACCAGUGCUGCUGUGGCUCCAGCAGAUCGCUUCCUGCUGUGCCUCGCUGACCUUGUGGAGAUGUGCAUUGAAGAUGUGCGGUGACUUGGUUGUCCGGGAACUACUGAAAAUCAAGCGGCUAGGCAAUGCGCCAGAGACUCCUUUGCCUGGCGCUCGAGCGGCACACAGCGACACGAAUGCGCACUCGGAUCCAUCCCCGGAGCCGGUGGACAUUCGGGUUCUGGCACGCUUGGCGCGCGUCCUCCUGCAGGCCUUCUUCAUGGAUCCAGCCCUCCUGGCAGCAGCGGCAGCCCCAGGCUCAGAUGCUUUGGCCGCGGGCGCGUUCUCUGGGCCAUCCGAUCCGGACGAGAAGCUCGUCCAAAAGUGCAAAGUUCACGGAUGGAACGAUGUCAGUGAUUGCGCAGUGGGCCUGCGCAAGUCCCCGAGUCGCAAGCAGGAUCUACAACUUGCCAUCUGCAACUUCCGCGAUCAGUCGACUCGCAAAACCCAAGAGCGGCUGUUCGAUUGUCCCAGUGCGCGGCAGUGGGAGCAAGUGGUUCAGCGACGGCUCUGCUCCGCGCACUUCGAGGAUGUCGAAGGCUCCACCGAGCAGCUCACGCACUUCGCACUCCGAGCCCUGAGAGUGCUGUGGUUUGACCUGCGCAGGUCGACAUGCACAUUGAAGCGCAUCCCAUGUGAUCCCCAGGAAGGCACCACGCUGUUGUGCCUCCUCAUGAAGCCCCUGAAGCUGCAGCUCUGCUGUGACUGUGACGCGGAGCUGGCCACUUUUCCCUACGUCCGUUUGGCUUGUGGUGCGCAGGUCACUGUCAAGGGCGUCUUCAUCUCCAUCGCUGUGGCUGCAAGCACAAGCGGCAUGCAGCUACGUGGUGUGGACGGUCUCAACGUGGUUGUGCCAGAGCUGGAGGUGAAGCUAAGCCACAUGGAUGCAACCGCAGGGACUUCUAUUCAAAGUGUCACAGCAGAUAGACGAGAGCAAGGCCAGGGAAGUCGGUUUGCAGCCUUUGACCCUUCUCCCUGCUGUAUUGCCACGAAAGCGGUUGCGGCCAGCGCGCAAGUCGAGCCUUGCGUGACACCCGCAUCCGGUCGGAGUUCAUUUUUCUGGGAGCUUCAUGACCGACCCGGGAACAAUCGGCCAGGAGAGUUUCUGUCGAGUAUUCCGGACAUCCAAGGUGAUGCGCCGCUGCUGUCCAGGAUCGCAGUCUCGGCAGUGCUUGCCAUAUUUCAGACGACGCUGCAGCUUUGCUCUCAGCGUGGAGGGUGUGCAAUCAUGGCAAAGCAGGAACGGUUGCAGCAGCUGGAUGGCUUGGUCGAGCGCCUUCGACGCAGCCCAGCAUUGACGCCAGGAGAAGCUUCCGUUAUUCACAAAGAGCUGGUUAGCUUGGCAAAGAGGUGUUGGGCAGAAGAUGAGGAAGAAGACGAGGAGAACGAGGAGAACGACGCAGAGAUGCGCAGUUUCGAUCGGCUAGAAGAGGCCUUGCUGAAGCUCCCAGAAGCCAAGCAGCAGGCGAUUGUGGCUGCUUUCCGGCCUCUUCGUGCUGGCGUUUCCCGACGGCUUUCGGAGUGGACGAACGCGCUCAAUGACUUUCUCAGCGACGCAGGUAACCAGGGUGAGUCACAGGCGCAACAUCUCGGAGAUCUCCUGCGGGAAGUUGACAGCUCACCGCAGUCCAGAUGGUACCGGCAGUGUCCCAAGCCUCGCGUGAAGGCGAAGUUUCUGAUGGCCAUUGCCAGCUUGGCACGUGCUUUGAUCCGUGGUAGUCCCUUACUGAAGCCAUUGGUCGCUUCUCAUCCAGCCGUUCUGUCGCUGGCCAAGAAGAUCGUCAGCAGACUCUUCGUCCUUCGUGAGCCUGGCUAUGGGGAUACCUUGGAGAGGUGGCACGAGGGCAGGUUGGCGGUCUACAACGCGACGAUCUCUCUGGCUGCACAGAGGGCGGCAGAGAAGCUGAAGGAUGACCUGCAGGUGUCCCUGGUGUCGGCAGUGAAGCGCUCGGCCAACCCUUCUGCAGAGGAUGGCAAGGCUAAGCCAUCCCUGCAGCUACAGCUGAGAGACUGGCCGAUGUCAGGGUGCCCUUUGGCACGUGCUCUGCUGGAAUUCCUGAAGUCACGGGCAGCCGAACUGGGAGAUCUAGGACGGCCCAGUUUGCGGGAGUGCCCACCACAUUCGCUGCAGCCCGAAACCCUGCGGCAAUUGCUAUCACGCCUGGAUGCCUUCGAGAUCGGCGGUGCAGAUGGGAUUGUGCGUCUUCGAUUCGAAGCGGUGGCUGCCUUGGCCUUCAAGGCCGUGGGGACCAAGCCGAAGGCAGGCUCUGUUGUCCCUCCCACGACGAAGGCCCAGAUGUCUCAGAUGGCGAUGGGCAAGCCGAAGCUCGAUGGCUCACUUCCGGACAUGGCAGACUUCAAGAUCGAUUAUUCGGAUGCCAACUUCAUGAUGCGACUCAUCAAGCGCGGCCUGCGUUCAGGCGAUGAGGAGUGGCGGCAAGCUUGGGCACAGUUUUGUUGGAAGAAGAAUCUGCGGACCAAAUUGUCCGUCAGCAAGAAGAUCAGCCCUCCAAAAGAGGCCUUGGCUGCGUUUUUGGAAGCCAACCUCCCAAAGCUCCGGUCCUCUUUAAUCUGGGAGAAACAGGGAUCUCAAACCGCCUCCCGAUCUCGCUCCGACCUCGAGCGCCGUCGCCGGCGGGAGCGGGAGCCCACCCCCCGGGAGCCCCCGCCGCUCUCGGAGUCCUGGUCGAGUUCCUUCGAGUCGGAGUCCGAACGCUCUGAGCGCUCCCGGCGCCGAAAGAAGCGGCGGAAGGAUAAGAAGAGCUUAUUGGGCUAUGCUGAUUUCUUUAACAAGUCCAAGCACAUGACCCCGGAGGUGAUGAUGAUGAGAGCUCAAAUGAUGGGAUUUUCUAUGGUCAUGGACAACCCAUUGGCGAUGAUGGGCAUGAGGCCUCCGAUGAUGACGCCCUCCAUGAACCCCAUGUUGCCACGACCCGAGGCACCGGGCCGGCCCUAUGCCGGGCAUGUGGCACCUCCUCCGCCGGCUCCGCCGCCUUCAGCCCCUCUGCCGGCUCCGAGUGCGCCACCGCCUCCUUCAGCUCCGCCUUCCAACUCCAAGCCCCCUCUGCCCAAAUCGGCUGUAGCUGCUGCGCGCAAGCAACAGGAGUCGACUAUCGACAUGGACGAUCUAUGA